GCCUAGGUACCUGGGUUCCUGGGUAGCUUGGCCUCUCGCUCUUGUCGAGGGUUCCAAUGCCACUACGACUUACUGCUUUUACCUUGACGGUGUAGGCACCUUAAUUGGAACUCUCAAUUUUGAAUUUUGAACAUUUUGCCCUAUUCUGUCUGUGUCAAGGGAAGAUUCAAACAGAACAGAUACGGCCGUGGCCUCCAUAUCUCUGGGCUGUGACGCCAAUCGCCCACUAACUCACCGCCCGGCCGGACCAGAGUCAUCCCAACCAGUCUCCAAAUCGCAUGAUCUGGAACGCGUCUUCCCGAAGUCUCAGCCCAUCCCUAGGGCAUCGCCUCGCCUACUAGAGCCGCUGGGAUUUUCAGAAGUUGGACGACAUUGACCACCUUCUGAACAUACCACAACAGGGCCAGACACAAUGGCAAACGCAUCGACCACGACGACCAGUGCCGGCGCCGAGAGGAGGAAGGCCGCCCCGAAUGGCGACAUCAGGCUCAAUGGCGCCGCCGCCGCAGACCGGGCACGGGCGGGGUCGGAUCAGAAGGAGCAUGAUUUCUUCUGGACCUAUACGGAGGAGCCCCACCGGACAAGACGGCUUGCCAUCAUCAAGGCUCACCCAGAGGUCACGAAGCUCUGCGGCCCCGAGCCGUUAACCAAAUAUGUCGUCGCCUUGGUUGUCGGACUCCAGUUCCUCUGUGCAUACACCCUGAGAGACACCUCGUUCUGGUCAUGGAAGUUCUGGGCGCUAGCUUAUGUCAUUGGCGCGACCGCAAACCAGAACCUCUUCCUCGCGAUCCACGAGAUCAGCCACAAUCUUGCUUUCAGAUCGCCCUUGGCAAACAGGCUGUUCGCCAUCUUCGCCAACCUGCCCAUCGGGCUACCCUACAGCGCGAGCUUCAGGCCCUACCACCUGACGCACCACAAGAGCCUUGGCGUGGAUGGGCUGGAUACCGACCUUCCGACCGCCCUGGAGGCUGUGGUUCUCGACUCCAUUCUGGGCAAGGCCUUCUUCUGCACUUUCCAGAUCUUUUUCUACGCCAUCCGGCCCAUGUGCGUCUUCCAGAUCACCUUCACCUGGGUUCAUCUCCUCAACCUUGUCGUGCAACUUGCAUUUGACUUCGCGGCGAUCGCGUACCUGGACAGCUACAAGCCUAUCCUCUACCUCCUACUGAGCUCGUUCCUGGCUGGGUCGUGGCAUCCCACAGCAGGCCACUUCAUCGCAGAACACUACGUCUACGAGACCGUCGCCCCGGAGGCCAGGAACCCCGACAACAACAUCCCAGUACCGGAGACUUACAGCUACUACGGCCCACUAAACGUCCUGACGUACAACGUUGGCUACCACAACGAGCACCACGACUUUCCCGCCGUGGCGUGGACGAAGCUGCCCAAGUUGAGGGAGAUUGCGGACGAGUUCUACGCCCCGCUACCGCGUCAUGAUAGCUGGGUGCUGGUGCUCUGGCGGUUCCUCUGGGACAAGAAUGUCGGCAUCACCAGCCGUGUGAAGAGGAAGAACGGCGGUCGCAAGGUCGGCGGCUCCUCAGAGAAAGUUGCCAAGGUGGCGGAUUGGACGCCCCAGGAGAUCGAGGCUUGAGUGAGGCUGCGUGGCAUACCUGGGCGGGGUGGACCUGUUUGUUAUGACUGUGAUGGACUGGCUGUAAAUGCAUCUCUGGCCCGUUAUAUAAUAUGCCCACGCGGCAAUGGUUGAGGAAUGGCUAUGUGGAAUUACGCGAACAUGAUAGACAAAAGGAUGGAGGGUAGCAUCUAAAUGGUGUUGGAAUAGAAUAUUGGCCGAUACGAGUGA